AUCUGGAGCUAAAUGCGCCACAGCAAGUUGUGAGGCAGAACAGUGUACAGAGAGGUCGUCGGUUUCGCCAAGCUCUCCAUAGUUCGAUGAAAAAGGCAUAGACGAAAAAAACAAUUGCAAAAUAUGGUGAAACUCGCUUUCAACUCCGCUCUCGGGCAGAAGGAUUUAAAAAAGGAGGAGAAGGAUGAAGCUUUGAUCCCUCAGGAUGUGGAUGUGGAGGACAUUCUGCGUGUCAGGCAGCAGUCCAGGGCCUGGUGCUGGUGCAUGUGUCUAGGUCUGGCCCUUAUUCUUUCUGGUGUGGUUGUGGGCGGAGCUUACCUGUACAGGUAUUACUUCACAGAGGAGGAGAAGAUGUAUUUCUGUGGGGUGAACUACCGUGAGGAAAAUUACAGGAUGCGGGACAGCCAAGAGGACACCGAGGUGGAUUCGCCAACCGCAUCUAAGAGGAUUGAGGAGAGAGUGAGGGUUUUAAAGGACGAAGGGGUUGAGCUCAUUAACAUCCCAGUGCCCAAGUUCAGUGACAGUGACCCUGCUGACAUCGUUCAUGACUUCAACAGGAAACUAACAGCCUAUCUGGAUCUGCGUCUGAACAAAUGCUACGUCAUUCCUCUCAACACUUCUGUUGUGAUGCCACCUAAAAGCUUCGCGGAGCUCCUGGAGAACAUCGAGGCUGGAACAUACCUGCCGCAAUCCUACCUGGUCCGUGAACAGAUGAUGGUGACCGGGAAGGUAGAGCAUGUGGAUCAGCUGGGUUACUUCAUCUACGGCCUCUGCAGAGGGAAAGAUACGUACAAACUGGAGCGCAGAGAGACCGUUUUUGGUAUCCAGAAGCGAGAGGCUCUCAACUGCCACAAGAUCCUCCACUUUGAGAACAAGUUUGUGGUGGAGACGCUGAUCUGUGAGGCGUAGUGGUGAGAAGACAGCUGGGUAACAAGAUAAACCACUUUUGACGAAUUCCACUCUGACCCCUCCUCUCCUUCCAUUAAAUCUCUUCCUGUUUUCCCCUGUUUGUGUGUGUGUGCGUGCGCAUGGGAGUGUGUGGCGCUCUCAGAUUUGUUUCUCUGUAUAGCAACAAUCAAUAUUACAGAGAGAGAGAAUGUGAAUGAACGCAAAGAGCAAUAUUAUGCGUAGAAAUAUUUGUGUGUAGGCAAGCAUUCGGACCAGUUUCUCUCUCUCUCUCUCUCUCUCUUAGUAAAUGUUUUUUGUGUCUGGGUUUUUGUUAAUCGGGGAGUUUAAAGUCUCCAACAGGGUGUGUGGGAUCAUGUAUGACAGAAUAACUAGUACCAAGUUGACCAUGGGAGAGGGAAGGAUUCACAGAAGAUAAAUGUACAAUGAAAUCUUUAAAAGAUGCACUAAAUAUUUAGUAUGCAUUUAAAACUGUGAACUGUCACAGAUACCAGAUAAUAUACUGGAAAAUAUAUUUGACUAGAGAUUUGUGAUAUAUGGCCAAUAAUUACAUUUAAGAAUACACAUAGAAUUGAUUUUUGUACUAGUUGCACUUUUGUCUAGAUUUUUAUUUUAAAAUGAAAGACUCUGCUCUGCUGUAAGUUAAUACACUGCUAAAACACGUCCUGUAGUAGAGAAAUACAAAUUAGGAUCAAACCUAGAGGGUGUUAAACAUCAGUUUUCCUAAAAACGUAUAUCCAAAACAAAAUGCAGACUAAUAACGUGUAGCUUUUAUGUCAUUUAGGGAUUGCUGAGGUAUUGGGAGUAGACUGAUGGAUGGAUUAUGUUAAGAUUGUUUAAAUCUACUAAAAUGUCUACCAGUUCAACAUGAGUUGGAAUGAUUUAUACUUUGCACAUAACCCUAAAAAGGUUUUAAUGUUAAAAUUAAUACUAAUAAAAAUUUGACACCUCA